AUGGCGAUGCAGGCCCCCGACUUGCGUGUGCUUCUCCACUCGCUCGUCAACAUCACCUCCAACGAGCAGUACGCGCGCGACCAGCAGACCCUCACCGCCCUCUUCAAGGAGCCCGAGUUCCUUGUCCACCUCCAGGGCUUUGCCGCCGACCGCUCCCUCUCGCAGCCCGAGCGUCUCCUCGCCUCCGUGAUCACUGCCCGUGAGCUCAAGACCAAAUGGCGCAGCAAGCAGCUUGUUCCCGAGGCCCGCAAGCCUGAGAUCCGUGAACGCCUGUUCACCUUCCUCGAGGAGCCUGAUAACUCUAUCGCACGCCCUCAGCUUGGCCUUCUCGUCGCCAUUGCGCGUAUCGAGUUCCCGCGCGCGUUCCCCAACCUUCCUCAGCUUCUUCUCAACCCCCUCCUCACCUGCCUCGCGCACCUCGGCUCGGCGCCUGGCGCCGCCACCGCCUCGUCGUCGACCACCUCCACCAUCCUGCUGAACACUCUCUGGACAAUUAAUGCGCUUGUCAAGGAGUGGCGCAGCGUCAAGAUUGCUGUUGGUGCUCAGGUCAUGCACACUCUCGAGGAGGUUUUCGUGGCACCGGUCGGCCAAGUUCUGGAGAUCUGGGGCAAGACGGUGACCAACGGCGAGGGCGACUGGGUGAUCAACGAGGCUGGUCGAUAUGCCUUCAAGAUCCUCGCUCGCUUCUGCCAGUGGCACUGGGGCAAGGCCAAGAACCUCCAAUCCGCCCAGGGUCGCGAGCACAUCAAGCUCCUCCUCCACCACUCGGUUCACUACGCUCCGAUCAUUCAGGCUCACCGUCUCCGCCUUGUCCAGCACAUUCCUCAGCCCACCCCUCCCGAGUUCACCAAGCUCUCCCACUCCCUCAUCAAGCACCUCCGCGCCAUCGGCAAGUGGUGGCGCGUCAUGAUUGGUACCGACCCCAAGGGCUGGUGCCACCUUGAGGGUGCCACUGCUGGUGUUGGAUGGUGGUGGAGUGCUGUCGGUGGCGUCAUGGCCGGCAGCGACGGUGCUGUCUCCAACGAUGACUCUGACGACAACCCCUACCCCAAGCGCUUCCUUCUUUUGGGAAUGCUCCUGUUCAAGGACAUUCUGCCCAUCUUGGCUGUCGACCACCAGGCCAUCUUCACUCCCGACUUUAUCCUUACCGCCCUCCACCUCCUCAUCGACAAACUCCUCCCUCUCACUUCCACCGACCUGGAGGCGCUCGAGGAUGAGCCCGAGGAGUGGCUGGUUGCCGAGAACAAUGACGAGGAGGCCUGGGCAUUUGAGUUCCGCCCCUGUGCCGAGCGUGUUCUUAUUGCUCUGAACAAUGCGUGCCGCCACCUCCCAGCCGACCGCAAGCCUAUUGAGCCCGAGAUGCUCAAGAUUCUCGCGCAGACCGAGGCCCUUCCGCCCAGCGACCUCCCCAACAUUCUGCGCAAGGAGGCCGUCUACUGCGCUGUCGGCCGCCUCAGCCGUUCGUUGGCCACCCACGGAGGCGUGGAUUUCAAUGGCUUCCUCAACGGCGUCGGCUCGUGGCUCGGCCAGGGUGUGCCCCUCCACCGCAUCCUCAAGCGCCGUGUGGCGUGGUUGAUCGGCCAGUGGGUCGGCUCUGACGAGGAGUCUGCCAAGCUCGACCUUGUUUGGCAGAUCCUCCUUCACCUUCUUGCUGAGCGUGGCGAGUCGUCCGACUUGGCUGUCAACCUCACUGCUGUGACUUCGAUCAAGGAGUGUGUCGACCUCUGGGAGCUCGACAUUUCGUACUUCCUCCCCUACCUGCAGAAGACCGUCGAGGAGCUUGUCAAGCUCCUGGGCGAGGCGACCACUCUUGACGGCAAACGCUACGUCAAUGACGCUAUUGGCGUGGUGAUUGAGCGUGUCGAGGACAAGAUUUUGCCCUACCUCCCGACGCUUGCUCAGGCCAUUCCCGGACUGUGGCACGGUGCCUCGGGUCUGGAGGGCGAGUGGCUCUUCAAGGCGUCGCUGGUUGUCCUUACUACCAAGAUUGUCACUGCCGCCAAGGAGUCGUCUGGCAACUUUAUGGAGCUCGUCAUCCCUCUUAUCGAAGAGAGCCUGCAGCCCCCCGCCAAGGACUUUUUUGAAGAGGACGGUAUCAUCCUUUGGCAGACUGCCCUUCACAACGGCGCAUCGCCCUACCAGCCCACACACGAGACGGGCCUUAUCCGUCUUCUGCCCGGACUUCUCCAUGCCACCAGCGAGAACAUGGACCUGCUCUCCAAGCUCCUCCCACUCCUCGACUCGUACCUUCUCCUUGACGCCGCCGGUAUUGUCAGCAGCUACGGCUCCCCCAUGUGCGCCGCGCUCAUGCAGGCCAUCACCACGUCGGGCAAGAACGCUCAAAACGUCAACCGUAUCCUUGCUACCGUGUCCCUUCUCGUCCACAUCGGCCCCCUCCAGCAGCUCGCGGGCCUGCUCCUCGAGUCGGGUCUCUUCAGCCACAUUCUUGUCGCCCUCGAGGAUGACAAGGCGUCGGGCACUAUCCUGGCAUCCUACCUCCACAUUCUCGCGCGCAUCGCCAUGCGCGACCCGACCAUCUUCCUCCAGCUCGUUGCCGAGCAGGCGCGCAUCAGCCACCGCGACGGACACAAGCUCCUCGAGGAGGUCUUUGACGCCAUGUGGCGCAACUUUGACUAUGUCGGCGAGGCGCGCGCGCGCAAGGCUGUGGCCAUGGGUGCCGGUGCGCUCCUGACCACUGGCCACCAGCAGGCGCUCGAGCGUCUCGACGGCGAGUUCCUCAACAUGUUCCUCGACGUCCUGGGCGAGCUCCAGCCGGCCGACACGCCGUCGGGCCCCGAGGCGUCCGUCAACCACUGGAAGGACGACCACCCCGUCGCCUGGGGCGAGAUUGAGCACGCGCCCGAAGGGGUCCGCCGCAAGACCCUCGAGGACGCCGACCCAGCCUACGCCGUGCCCCUGCGCGCGUACGUCGUCGACGUGCUCACCCGCGCCCAGGGCGUCGGCCUCGGUCCGUACUGGGACAAGGCGGACGCCGGCGCCAAGAACAGCCUCCAAAAGUUCCUCGCAUAG